AUGACGAAGCGAAAAUGGGAGAAUUUUUCGGCGAGAGCUUUUUAUUCGAGAACCGAUGUGCUCCAGAGGAAGAAAGAGGAUUCGCAAAUGCGCGCUGGACAAUAUGCGACGAAUAUGAAAAAUAUUUUGUCGCUUUAUAAGUUGAUGUCGCUUCGAGACCAUGGCACUCGAUCACCGUAUCAACCGUUUUUGCAUAGGAAUCUGAGUUUUGUGAUGGCUUACAAGGGAAAAGAAAUUUCCGAAGUGCGUCUGAAUCAUCUCGAGAUAAUUUCGCCGCCGAUGUGGGACCGUGUCGUCGUCGCGACGAGACCCGCGCGUGAAUCUCGCACAUUCGACGAGAAGCGCGAGAAUCUCAUGAAUUUGGUGCGAAUUCUCAAGAAACACGACGCGUCGAUGAAAAAGUCGCUUCGAGAAAUUGCGAGAGGCGCACCGAAGGCGACAGCGAAGCGCUCGCGUCGACUUCGACAGCCGAAAAUCGAACACGAGGAUUACUCGACCGAAUCGCUGCCAGCAAUCGACAUUUAUACGGGAAAAUAUAGGCCGUUCAAGGAGAGUUUGGCGAAAAAACGCUUGGAUGAGGUGAAGUCGAUUUUGAAAAACCUCCAGAGUCUUACAUUGUUCCCGACAAAACUUCACUACAGUAUAGUUUAUGGUGACGAUGAUGCGGUCUUGUCGCGAAGACCUCUUCAAACGAAAUCGUUUAAUCAUCGUCGACACGUAAACGGUCAUCGUCGCGAGACCAUAAUGCUUGAUGCGCCUUUGAAUUGUGUGAUUUGCGGUCGCGCCUACCGCACUCUGUUCCAUUUGAUGCUUCAUUAUCAUUUGACCUACCCGCGACUGUGUUUUACUAUUCGAUUUGACGAGAACGGCCAAUUUUUUGUGAACAUCGAAAUUGCAAAGAAAUUCCGCGACGUCGAUGAGGUCUCGUGGCGAAAACGCGGUGAUUCGUUGGCGUUUUGGCUGAUGAUGCCGAGAAUCGCGCGCGGCAUUCGCGCUUUAAUGCGAACCGAUUUGAGCAUGUUUUUCGAAGAGCUGCCCGAUUUGCAACCGAUGCACAAUGAAGAUGUUAGACGGCUAACGUUUCAACAAAUUGGGGCAAAUCACCGAAGAUUACGGCCCGGUGGCUUCAGUUUGAGCGAGAAUGGAUGGCCGAUGCCGGAAAGUAAAUAUUUGGAGGAUGUGUACAGAAAAAGAAUUUUUGAUUUUCUCGACGUCACCUAUCAUUGCAAGGUGUUCAUGUUCACAUGGAACAUGCUUCGAACGAAAAUUGGAGAGUUGUACAUCCUCAUCCAUAAACGAUUAUUCGCUGAGCUCGGCGAGAAUUUCCGAAAUGUCGUUGUUGAGCAUGUGCUCUUUAGGAAUUCGCGUGAAGAGGGUUCCGCGUCACCAAUUGCCAUCAAUGAUUGCUACAAAGUGCAUCACUUGGUGAAGAGAAUAAAGGAUGAUUCGUAUGAUCCAAUUAAUGAUCGACUGAGUCCACCGAAGAUGGCAAUCGUGCAAUUCAUGACAAAUUUGAAUUUGAUGUAUAAAAAGGCGAUCGCGAAGAAUCGAACACACAAUUUUCCGAUUUUUGCAGCAACGCCGCUGAGCCUCGUGGAGAUUUGCGCGUUGAGCAAUGAAGACUGCACAAAUUUGCUAAUGGAGAUUCUCGCAUUGCCCGCCGACAUUUUGCCGCCGUUGCAUUCGAUUCGUCUAAUGUGCGAAGCUCCCGGGUCUUGGAUGAUGACCGAGCUGGGAUUCGACGAGAUUCCAAAGUGCUUAUUCGACAUCCCGCCAUAUCCCGAGAAUAAUGAAGCUGAAUUUCGGCUUCUAAAUUCCGAGGAAGUCGCCGAGCGACAAUUAGAGAAGGGCCAUUAUAUUGAAAAAUGUAAAUAA